AUGCUAUUCACUACCGCUGCCUUCACGCAGCUUCUGCUCACAUUUGCUCCUGUUACACUUGCACAACUGCAAAAUGAUCUUGUCGCUUCACUUCAACCUCGUGCAAUCACGCCACCAAACCGCUACCGACUCAGAACGAGCGUCACGCAUGGCGGUGAUCCAAGCAAACAUGGGCUCUAUGUCUCUGGCUACCAUACUGGAGCUGGCCUCAACGACGCUGUCUUGACUGAAGGAACGGGCUCAAUUGGGUUCCUGAAUGACACCUACCAACAGUUUGACUUCAACACAACAUUCCCUUGGUCCUUCAACCUAAUCAGUGCGAGCAAUUACGGAGCUUGGGAAGACGUUCAGCUCAACGUGGGUCAAGACACACCCGGCUUUUUCUUCAACGAGACUGGCCUACAGUGGAGUGCAAAUGCCGCAUUUGAUCCCAACAACACCAGCCCAGCUACAGAUGAGUUCGGUGGCUGGCUUGCUUGCGACUGGUAUCAUGGUGUGCCUCAACUCUUCUGGAAGUUCUCCUACGCCGACCCCCCAAUCCCAUGCAGUUGUGCCACGGUACAAUUGUACCCGGAGGCUGUGGUAGCUGCCAUCAGCAAUCCAGUCCGCAGCGCUCCAUCGGCAGACUGGUUCCGAGCAAAGCACACAGAGAAGCCUGAAGAGACAACCAAAGCUACACCUACAGUGAGAGGUGCCUCUGAGGCUCCGGAAUACACCUCCACUGAAAGGUCCUUCCAGGCCGACUGGUUCAAAGUGAAGCGUGCUAAAUCAUCCAUCCACACUCCAAAGCCAACAACUACAAAGGCGUCAUUCAAGGCAGAUUGGUUCAAAGAGAGACGCGCCAAAUCCACCUCCCAGCCACCUAAAUCGACACCUACAAAGCCAUCAUUUAAAGCAGACUGGUUCAAGCAGAAACGUUUCCAGAAGCGUGCCCAGCAACCCGAUAUCGAAAUCAAACCUCUCGUUGCAAAACCAUCCAAAGUCCCCUCAAGCGAACCCACAAAGAAGCCAUCCACCUUCGGCACCGACUGGUUCAAGCUCAAGCGUGCCGUCGAAGCCAAAGAGACCACCAAAGCUACCCCAACGCCAAAGCCUACGAAAGUGGCACCGACGACCAAUUGGUUCAUCAAGCGUGCCGUUGAAGGCGAAGGAACUACCACAGCUACAUCAAAGCCAAAGCCUACGACAAAUUGGUUCAUCAAGCGCGCCGAAGAUCUACUCCAUUGA